GCCGAAAUGGUCGGGUUAGGACGAAGCGGAGGAUCACCGCCGCACAGCUGUACCAGCGACAGAUUGUGCCUGUCUGGGAGAGGCCUCGUCGGUGUGUGUGGACGUGGCUGCUGGCGCUGCAGAUGUGCCUGGUAGUGGACGAGGGGACGCACAAGCGAUACGAAGUCGUGGCGAUACCGGUCGUGGACACAGCCGACCAGCGGAGCCCGGAGGCAAAGUUCUGGGACUACGACGACGGAGUGCAAAACUAUCUAAUGCGGUACGGGUAUUUGGAGAGGUCGAACAUCGAGACGGGGAACCUGCGGACAAUCGAGGAGCUACAGCAAGCCGUGCGCAAGCUGCAGGUGUAUGGCAACCUGGAACCGACCGGAACGGUCGACGAGGCCACGCUGGAGCUGAUGCGGAAGCCCCGGUGCGGAGCGCCCGACGUUCCGGACUCGCUGGACUUCCUGCCAUCGAACGACCGGCGGCUCGGGAACCGCCGCUUCCGCCGCUACGUGAUCCAGGGCCAGAAGUGGCAGAAUGCCAUCGUCACUUGGAGUUUGGUCAAUCAAUCGAUGGCCCAGCUGGACGCGGGCCAAGUGCGGCGCAUUCUGCACGAAGCGCUCGACCUUUGGUCCCAGCACGCCAACAUCAACUUCCGGGAGGUGUACAGUAGCGAGGCCGACAUUCAGGUGCUUUUUGCGCGCAAGUUCCACGGCGACGGGUACAGCUUCGACGGGGCGGGCAAGAUCCUGGCCCACGCGUUCUACCCCGGCACCGGCAUCGGUGGCGAUGCUCACUUCGACGAGGAGGAAACCUGGCUUCUCAACGAACCACUCGACGCGGAAGGUACCCGCCUGUUUGAUGUGGCCGUCCACGAGUUCGGGCACUCGCUGGGCUUGGGGCACUCGUCGCAGCAGGACGCCAUCAUGUUCCCGUGGCACCACAUUUCGUACCGUGGCAAGGACACGAUCCCGGAGGACGAUCGACUAGGCAUCGAGUCGAUCUACGGUCCGCGGAAGAAGAUUUACGGCAAGAACCCGGAACGCCCGACGCAGAGCACGACGACGACCACCACCACGACGACGCCAGCGCCUCCACCUCGACCGACCACACGGCCACACUACCCGCGGAAGGAGGUCGCGGGCCAUCCGUGGGAAGAUUUCGGUGGUGCCGGGCGGCCCCAGAUGCCCCAGACGACGACCACGGAAGCGCCCCGGUCGCGCGAGUACUUCCCACAUCCGGCACGGCCAACCUCAUCGACGCACAACAAUCGGCAUCCUCAGCGACAUCACACCACGACAACGACGACGUCCGUGAGUACCACAACCAGCGAGCCAACGACGACCCGCCACCGGCAGCAUCACCGGCCACAUCAUCAUCAUCCUACGACGAGCACCACCAGUACCACCCGCCGGCCGUAUCAGCAUCGCCCAGGGGUGAAGCCACUCUAUCCGAACGCGUGCAAUACGAGCUUCGACGCGGUCACGAUGAUUCGGAACGAGCUGUUCGUGUUCAAGGACCGCUGGCUGUGGCGCAUGAACGAGAACGACCUGCACCGCCCGAAACCGAUCGAGAUCCACCGGAUGUUCUUCGGUUUGCCGGACGGCUUCGACCACAUCGACACCGUCUACGAGAACAAGUACCAGAAAAUUAUCUUCUUCAUCGGAAGGGAAUACUUUGUGUUCAACUCGCAGUAUCUGGAGCCGGGCUAUCCGCGACCGCUGACCGACCUCGGGCUGCCGGAGAGCAUCGAGCGGAUAGAUUCUGCGCUCGUGUGGACGCAUAACAACCGGACCUACCUGUACAGUGGCCGACUCUACUGGAGGUUCGAUGAGGACACGAACCAGGUCGAGCUGGACUACCCGCGCGAUAUGUCCAUCUGGAAAGGAAUCGGUUACGGGAUAGACGCGGCGCUCCAGUACCGCGACGGCAAGACGUACUUCUUCAAGGGACUCGGCUACUGGCGGUUUAACGAUAUGCGGAUGAGCGUGGCGCACGACCAGAAACCGUCGGCCACGCGGUGGAUGAAGUGCCAGAACGAGCGCCAGGUCCAGAACGAUCUUGGCGGCGGCGAGGACGGCGGCGCUGCGGAUGGUGAUUCACCGCAGAACGAACCGAUCGGUACGAGCCCGGCGUCGGCCACGCUGCACCGAAGGCACGGCGACGCCCAACGGACGCUGCUUUCGGUGCUACUCCUAGCGGUGCUGGCGCUAGUGGCCACCCCGUAGCCCCCGUGCAAUAAUGUAUUCCUUGA